GAUUACACUGCUUGUUCUUCAUCAAGGACGUAAGUGCUUUCUAAAUUAUAUAUAUUUUUGCAAGCUGUAUUUCCUAUAUUAGUGUGAUUUACUGUCUUAUGUUUUCUUUCAAUUCAGAUACACUCAUUCCAGUGAUCCCAGUUCAAAUUGGUGAAUCUACAAUGUUCACAUGUGCACUGUUUAAUGUUGAACUCAGCCAUGCAGAAGUCCACUGGUACAAGCAGAGUGUUGGAGAUACUCUGAAACUAAUUGUGUCACUGUGGAAUUCUGUAACACCUAAAUAUGGGCCAGAGUUUAAUAACUCAAGAUGGCAAGUUAAUUAUGAUGGCAAUUUUGCCAACCUGACUAUUUUAAGGACAAUCCAAGAAGACGAGGGAAUCUAUCACUGUGCAAUCGUUGCAUUGUAUGGCAUGAGAUCUCAAUGGAGUGGGACAUAUCUGGUAAUAAAAGGAGACAGUCAGAAGACAUCAGACUACACUGUUGUUCAGUCCACAGCAUCACAUUCAGUCCAUCCAGGAGAAUCACAGACUCUCCAGUGUUCAGUCUUCUCUGACUCUGACAAGAAAACAUGUUCAGGAGAUCUGAGUGUGUUCUGGUUCAGACCUGGAUCAGAUAAAUCUCAUCCAGACAUCAUCUACACUGAUGGAAACAGACCUGAUGAAUGUGAGAAGAGAUCUGACACUCAGAAGAGCUGUGUUUAUCGCUCCCCUAAGACCUUCAACUCCUCUGAUGCUGGGACUUACUACUGUGCUGUGACCACAUGUGGACAGAUACUGUUUGGAAAUGGAACUACUCUGACUAAUGGUAUGAUUUUAUGUUCAGUACUGAAGAUAUACAAAAUAUGUUAAUAACAUCAUCAGUAAUUAUUCUAUUUCUCCUUCA